UUCAAAAGCGCGAAACAGUGUAUAUUGGAUAAUACUUGUACGACUAUAGUAUAUGAAAAAUUCUUAAAAUAAGCCAUGGCAUUCAACUGGUGCUUUACCCUGAACAACUACACAGAAGAGGAAUAUCAAGAUAUCCUAGGAAGCAUAGACAAACUAAACUAUAUCAUUGUUGGAAAAGAAGUUGGAGCAGAAGGAACUCCACACCUACAAGGGUAUCUACAACUCAAAAAGAAAUCCAAGCUACCAGCCCUCAAGAAAAUAAAUAAUAGAGCCGACUGGGAACCAGCAAGAGGAAGUCCUGAUGAAAAUGUAAAUUACUGCAGUAAAGAAAAAAACUUCAAAGAAAUUGGAACAAUCCAAAGACGAGAGAAAAGAAAAUGUGACAUGCAAAAAGCAGUAUUUCAAACCAUAGAAAAGAAAAGCAAAGAAGAACUCUUUAAAAUAAAUAAACAUGGAGCCAGAUAUAUCGUCAACGUGAAGAAAAUCAUAGAACUACCAAAUGAAAUAGAAGAUGAAAGACAGGAGACCAAGAGAAAAGAAUCAUUCAUGAAAAAAGAACUUAGACCAUGGCAAAUAGAAGCUGUAAAAAAACUAGAAGAACAAGAUGACAGAAAAAUCCUAUUUGUAGUAGACAGAGAAGGAAACACGGGAAAAACUUUCUUAGCCAACUGGUUAGAAGCAGUAAAACAAGCAAGAGUCCUAUCAAACAUGAAAAGUGCAGAUGCGAAAUACCUAAUGGAAAGCGAAGACCAGUUUGUCGUUUUUGAUUUGGUAAGAAGCAGUCUUGACUAUGUAAACUAUGGGGUCAUGGAAGAAAUAAAGAAUGGAUGUUUCACAAGCACAAAAAAUGAAUGCAGAAGAAAAGUCUAUGAAAGAGUGAUGAAAGUAGUUGUAUUCAUGAAUCAAUAUCCUGAUGAAACUAAACUGUCUAGAGAUAGAUGGGAUAUAAUGGAUUUAGAUAAAGAAAAAGUUGAAGGCCUUCGGCAACAUGCCUCAAGCAGCCAGGGGGAACGCCCCGGGACCCCCCGUUCGGUGGUGUCUCAAGCUUCUGAAGAUUCUGUUGAAAAAAUUAUAAACCAGAUUGAUAACUUGUUGGCCAGUUACAAUUAAAAGAAAUAAGGCAUUAAAAUUGUGUUGUCAACAGUACAAGAAAAAAUGAACUGCUUUUGUAUCAGUGUAUUUUAUUAAAAAGUCUGUAAGUAACAUAGGUAACCAUGUCACAAGACAGGUGUCACGGUGUGAAAUUCAAUCUUUCGGACUAUUUUUAAUUAUUGUGUAAAUUAUGUUUUUCGGACUUUGUGUUAAUUGUUACAAAAACUUUUCAUCUAUUUCGACAACUGUUUUAUAAACGUUAUAAAUUCCGCGCAGCAUUAAUCCCACCUGAGGCACAAUCAGUGAUGGACAGCUAAUCUUUUAAUUGACUUCUGUUUAUGUUUAUUGACACUUAAGCUUCUUUCAUCUUAUUAAUCCUUUUAUGUACAUGCUGCUUAAAUGUCCCGAGUUACUCAAUAGCUGUUUGAUAAUUGAUUUACUUACAUCUGUACUUCUUAUGUUAAUCCUUCAUUGUGUUGUUCCAUUGUUUAUUAUAUAUUAUUCUGAAUUGUAAAUUAUAGUCAGUUGGAAUCAGACCUUCGGUGCUGAUGCAUACCAAACUCAUGUAAAAGUAUAUUUCAUGUAAAAUCUAUAUUAAAGUCUGAAAACUAAAACGCGUGUUGGCUUGUUUGAGGUUUCAUGAGGCAGGGUCCAACAACAAGAGAAUAAGCUCA